AUGAGCGGGUCGGGGGGUAAAGCAUCCAGUACUGGAAAUGCCUGGUCAGAUGCUGCUUGUUAUCUGUUCCAACCGGGUAGCACGCUGUGUGGGAGCAUGAAUGUUGUGAUACCAGGAACGGCAGCGGCAACAUACCCUUUCACGGAGGAAGAGGACGAAAACUUUUGGACUCAAGCUUCCUACUGUGCGGCCAUGAGCCCCAGCGCUGGAGUUCGUACUCCUCAGGCUGCUACCGCUGACGCCGCUCCGUCGCAAGAAGAGCAGAUGGACGCAGCAAUGAAAAAACUGGAUACCAAAUACAAGUUCAAGCCGCACAUGUGCGAAGAUCGAGACUUCUUUGUCAUUAAUGCCGGCGCUACUAGUGUCGAUGUAGAGUCCUUGUCAACACCUUCCAUGGGUGGUCAUCUACGGAGCUUAUCGGAAGCAAGUGAUUCCAGUAGUUUCAAGCUGGAAGCACUUCGUGAGGGCGCGCCGUCCUUUGAGAACAAGGACCAGAUCCUGGAAGCUCCCUUUCCCGUACUCGUGUACCCCAACAACGCAGAAAACAACAGCAACCGAGAAGCAGAAACCAUAAACAACUCUACCGUCAGUAGCCACGCCCUAAGGGGCGCAGCGUCCAUGAUUCGUGAGAGCGCCCCCGAGUGGAUUGUGAAACCUGCCCGUGCCAAAAGGACAUUCGAUAGUCCCGAAGAAAGACGGAUUCCGGAUGAACAUCGCGUCAAAGAACUCUUAUCGCCCAUCAACCCUACAACAACACCGAAUGAAGAGGUUCAUGCAGGCCGCUAUAGCUCUAAAUUUGGCAUCUCCUCCUGUAUGGUUCCAACUAACCCCCCGACAUCGCCAGCCAACCAGGCGUACGACCAACAGAAGCAAGCGUCCGAGUCACUUCGGAAACAGAGUAGUCUCAACGAUUGCCCGGCCAAUAGUGCCGAAGACGUGGAAAUGAUGAAGAAGUUUUGGACGGAAAAGUUUACACAAGCGGCCAACAAGGUUAUCCAGAGCGACUCGUCACGCAGAAUCUUGGAACUGAUUGACCCCACCAUACCCCGUGAAAGUGAUGGAAACAGGCGGACUGGGCAACAAUCCUUAAGAGGACGCCAGAGGUAUCGACAGGUUCUUAAAAAGUACCGAAAGCACCGUAUCCUGGUACUCAUCCUGGAUCCCUCCACCAAACUCUACGAGAUGCUAGAGCUGCCGUAUCGACCCGAUGAAACGACAGUGGCCGAUGUCCUCAUCAUGGCUCGCAUCCAGACAACGGAUGAUCGUUUGCGCUACAAGGAUUACAUUGGCUUGUGUCGUCCCAAUCUAGAUCCACCCCCUCCUCCACCACUCAAAAAAGUGGAAUCACCGUCAGCUUCGACUACAACUACACCAACUCGCCACCAAUUGUCGCCCCCACCAUUGAACCGUGUGACAAAGCAGUUCAAGCAUAUGCAUCACUAUGACCCUGAAGGCCGCGAAGAUGAUGUCAACUCCAUCGUGUCCGAAGCGACAGCCAUGCGAAACCUUGCCGCAGCGUCGAGCAUGCUACAGGAAGUCACCGAUCAAGAUAAAUUGGUAUGGAAUCUCCUGUCGCCAUCUUCUUCCACAAAGCCUACUCCUUUGACUUGUACCGGUGCCAUCCCUUCCCAGUUGGCACUGUCUCUUCCUUACUUUACGCUUCCGCUGCUGGGAGACAUUGUCGUGACGAUUCCCAAGGGGUACACGGGCGAAGACGUUUCCAAAUUUGCCCAAACAAUUUUGCAAACACCACUCUUUCUACGUUGGAUGCAUCGUCGGUACCUCAACGACUUGCAACGGCAGAAUGAUGAACUGCUAUCACGAGCCAAAGCUAUAGGCGGGAAAAAUAGCAGUGGUGGUGGUGGUGGUGGCCGUGUUCGUAGCAGAGACAGCACUGGUAAUGGCACGACAAUCUCAGACCAAGCAACCAUGAUGGCCAGUUAG